GAACACAGAGUUCUGAAGUUUUUAAGGUGUUUUAAAGCAUCCUUCAGCAAUUUCGAUCUAUUGUAGUUAGGCACACAUACGAAUUUGGAAGAUCUUUUACAUGUCCUAUCAGUAUUAGUAUUGACAUAUUAAGGAUGGCUGGUGCAAUUUCACAUGGUGUUAUUGCUAAACUUACUCAGAUGAUAACUCAAGAAGCAGCCGAAGAGGCAGCGAUGGUUUGCAACUUCACCCGAGAUUUUGAAUGGCUGAAGAAGAGACUCAGAACUUUAAGUGGUGGCCUGAAAUAUGCGGAUUCACUAUCUACCCAAGAUGAGCCCAUCAAAACAUGGCUGCACGACGUUCGGGACGUUGCCUGGGACGCAGAGGACAUUAUGGAAGAGUGUGCUGUUCGCCCUCUUUACACUAGCAGUGUAACUCAGUCUUGUGUUUGCAAUCCAGGUGAAUUACUUUUCCGCUAUAAAAUGGGAAAGAGAAUUCAACAAGUGAAAGAACGAAUCAGAUCCAUUACGAAAGAUGGAGAGGUACUAAAGCUUUUCCGUGAUUUAGCUCCGUCUAACUCUGAACAGCCAUCAAGCAGUGCAGCGCGGAUGGCAGUCUGGAAGGAAAAUAGUCUACUUCCCAGCGAUUCACACCCUGUAGCGAUUGAGCCCAAGAUUCAACACCUCCUCUCCUUGAUAAAUGAACCAAAUGUUCGAGUCAUUGCUGUGGUGGGUAUGGGUGGAGGAGGGAAAACAUUUCUUCUACAAAACUUUUUUGAGAGAGUGAAACAAAGGUAUGAGCAUUCAAUCUGGCUUCCCAUAUCACAGUCAUAUUCUGUUCAUAAAUUACAGUGCGAUUUAGCAUCGCACGUGGGAGAUUUAGAGGGCAGGGUGAAGGACGUAAGUGACGAGCGAGCGGCAGAACUGAUUCAUGCCAGUUUACAAGGAAAAAGGUCUCUCAUCGUGCUGGAUGAUGUCUGGAGGGCAGCACGAGAAGACAAUAUCAUUAGGAGACUUGGCCUUCCAAUUGGCGUUGAUAGCCAAUGUAAAAUUAUUGUUACAACCAGAAAUAGGGUAGUCGGCCAAAACCUUGACGGUCGUAUAUAUGAAAUGGAGCUUUUAUCCAAGGAAGAGAGUUGGCAGUUGUUCUGUGCAUAUGCCUUCCCUAAUUAUGAAGGAAAUUCCCCUUUACAUCAACUUAAAGUGGUAGCUCAUGAAGUUGAAAAGCAAUGCGGUAGAUUACCACUGGCACUCAAGACUAUAGGAGCGUCGCUCUGCGGCUGCACAGACUCAAGCGAGUGGAACUCCAAAUUGUCUCAGCUCAAAGAAUCAGAAUUGCAUCCAGAGAAAGAGGCGGAUAAUCCAGACUACCGCAUCAUAGAUAUUCUCAGAUUGAGUUAUGACUCCUUGCCCGCAGCUCUUAAGCCUUGUUUUUCCUAUUUGUCCUUCUUUUCUGAAGAUGAGGCAAUAAAUAGCGAAUAUCUCAUAAAUCUCUGGAUAGCGGAAGGAUUCAUUCCCCAAGGAGAAGAUCAGCUGGAUGUCGCUUGGGGUUAUUUACAUCAGUUGGUCAAAUUGUGCUUGGUUGAAGUACAAGAUAAUACAAUAGAUCUAAUCAAAUAUUGCAAGAUCCAUGACCUCCUGCUUGAUUUGGCAGUUGAUAUAUCCAAAGAAAACAGAUGUAUAUUUGGCGUUCAAGAUGCCUUCAGUUCCGUAAAAAGAAUUUUGCUGGGGAGAAAAGAGAUAGAUGAUAUGGUCAUCGUCCAGAAUAAGACUUCUUGUCCUAGGUGUCUUCGCACUCUGUCACUUUAUAAAAAUCCACUUGAAAAAAUUGAGGCAGACUUCAUGAGCCCUAUGAGAUUAUUAAGGGUUCUUGACUUGAGCCAUACUCAGAUCUCAACAUUGCCCCACUAUGUUGGUAAGCAGAAGCUUCUCAGAGUUUUAAAUUUAUCAUACACAAGAUUUAAGGAGGUACCAAUCUGUGUGAGAAGUCUGAGGAGUCUUUUCUUGCUCGAUCUGUCAUUCUGCGAGCAGCUGCAAAGGCUGCCUACGUGGAUAAGUGAAUUGGAAUGUCUCCAGCAUCUCAAUAUACAUGAUUGCCAUGAUGGGCUGCCUAGUCAUAUGCCAAAGGGAAUAGCGGAGUUGGCAUCUUUGCGGGUGCUGAGAUCAGAUCAUUUAAGGCUCUCUAUUGAAGAUGAUGAAUUGCUGAAGUUGGAGGAUGUUGCCAAAUUCACCCGCCUCCAGGAAUUAAGCUUAAUUGUUAAGCAUGACAAGGAGCUGAAGAGCGUCGAAGAUGGAAUCCUUGGUCAGCUACUCAAGUUGCGCCAUCUGUCAAUAGCAUCUAAUUUCUCUAGGGAAUUGCAUCUCCCGCAGAAUAUCAGUGCUCUCAAUGAUCUGCAAACACUUUCUGUCCAGAAUUUUGCGUUCCCCAGUUGGGUGUGUACGCUAACAAAUUUGAGGCAACUCAUUUUAUUGAGUUGUGUCUGUAGCGAUUAUCCUGCACUAGAAGCAAUGCCUAACUUGAUAGAAUUGAGAUUAUACGGAAAUGAGAGCUGUAGAGAAGUACCAAAGGCGUUUGGAAGGUCAUCCGGGUUUUCAAAGCUAAGGUUAUUGGAAAUAUUGGACUUCCCUCUUUUGGAGGAGUUGCCCGAUUUAGAGGAUGGAGCGAUGGCUGUCCUGAAAAUAUUCGGUUUAAUCGGCUGUCCGAGAGUGAAGAAAGUUCCAGAGGGAUUGGAUCGGUUGAGAGGAUUAAAGGAAUUGUCCUACGGUUUCUCAGGAACGGAUCAAUUCAGAGAUGGAUUGAGUGAAGGUGGGGAAGUUUGGAAUAAAAUAAAAGCACAGAAUCCCCAUGUGUCCAUUAGAGGAUAAAUUAGAAUGGUGAAAAUUUUUACAGGUAGGUAGAGAAUUUAUAUUAAUUCUUAUGUUCUUCAUAGU